CGAGCGUAUCCGCGUAUUGGUGUUGCUGUGUGCACGGCUAACGGUUUUAGUGUAAACGCGAAUCAUUUUAAGAACAUUAAUCUGAUGAUCCGCUGAUUCGACGUAAUGUAAACGUAGCCAUAGACACGAGUAAAUGAUAUAAGUAGGCCUAUAUAGGCUAAGUGAUAAUGGCAAGUAAACGAUAAGUAAAUGAUGAAAAAAGGAAUAAAACCAAUUUAGGUCUACUGUCUGAACUCAGCAAUAUUUGACCUUCUAUGAAAGUUUUUUUUUUUUUUUACAGUUUGUUGAUUUCAAGGCAUGAUUUAAAAAGAAGGGCAGGCCUAUUGCGAUGUCGUUGGAUGACCCAUGCUAUCCCAUAAUGCACCGUUGUUUACUGCAUGACGUCAUUUGCGUUACUGUACACUGGCUGCAGGUUAACUUCAACACUAGUUGGAACGCGACUCUCUUGUGGAUCGGCCUGCUGAUAGACGCUACUUUUUCAUUCAUCCCUGGACAUCUGACCACUACCACGACAUUCCCUCAAAAGGUACUGCAGUCAUUUAUUUCUUUAGGGGAGAGAAUAUGGCUUCUUAUUGGUCAAAAAGAAGACGUGUUUUGAAGGCUACUGAAAUGUUAGAAAGGCAGAUUCUGUCCGAUUUUGAGUCAGCUCUGCGUAAUCAUGCUCCUCCAGUGGGAGAAGUGGGAUGCUACUGGCCACCCUAUAGUGGCCAAAAAGCUGAGAAGGCCGCCAUGAACUCCAUCCCCCCGGGACAAGGAUGGCAAUUCCACCCAAAAAUCAGGGUGCUGACAACCUGUGCCACCUUUGCCAAAGCCAGGUCUUGCCUCAACCGAUCGCUGGAGGAAGGCUGCCUUACAGCAGACCUGCAGUCUGAUGGUGAGAUGGGGCCCAGGAAAAGACGUCCAAACAAAAGGUAUUUUGAGGAGGACAGCGAGGAGGAGGCACAACCAAGGCGUAAGGGGAGGAGGCCACCAUCUAUUGACGCCACUCAGCUGGACAGCGAGUGGCAAUUCCCCUCCCUUAAUGAAGACACCCAGUCAGCCAGUAGACACCCAGCCAGCCAGUUCCUUCACAGCCAGCCAUUAACUCAUGAUUCACUGCUGUCAGAAACCCCGCCAGGCCCCCUACAUCACAGUCAGCCACUAACCCAUGAUUCACCCCAGCCACGUCACCGCUUCCAUGCCACACCUCUGCCAUCCCAACAGGGGAACAAUGAGUUGCUGCGUGACAUGGGCAUCAGCACCGUGAUCUCUCUCCUUGGCCAGCUGAGGGAGGAAAUCAGGGAGCUGAAGGGGGAAAACAGGGAGAUGAAGGGGAUGAUAGGAAGGCUGGAGCAAGAGGUCAGGGCCCAAAGGAGAGAGAUGGGGAGACAAGACACACCCCAGACAUCACCCCUUACCAAGCUCCCACUCUCCACCAUGGAGGAGUUUUUGGCAGCAGAGGCCCUGGUCAAGGAAGAUGCCAAACAAAAGCAGCUGAUGGUGUCUACCUUAGCCCUUUGUGGCGGAACUGAUGUAGGGGUCACGGUGAGGCAGAUGCUGCGUAGCCUCCUGGACAACAGCUUGGCCAGCCAGUUCAACUGGGCUGGAAAGGGGGAAAAAACUGCCUUUAAGGACACCAAAAUGCAUGAUGUCCUGUUUGAUGCUCUACAAAAGCAGCUGCCAGGGAGCACGCGCGCCAAUUUCAGUGACGCCGUGAAGAAGUGGCUGAAAUAUGCGCCAGAGAGAGAGGGAGGAAUGAGGAGACGUGAUGUAGGGUGGCAUUUCAUUUUGAAACCAAUAGCCUACUGCUGACUUUCUUUGUCAAUGCUGCAUCAAAUUAAUUUCGGUUAUGUUUUUCUGUUUCCAUGUACAGGUGUCUGCGCC